CGACUUGGACCAAGUCGACAGCAUGCUGCCGUUCAUGGGGGUAUUUUUCCUCCAAGUGUCGUUCCAGAUCGUUGCCGUGGUCAUCAUGUGCGCGGUCGUGUCGCCGUUCAUCCUGCUUUUGUACGUCCCGAUGGCGUUUGUGUUUUACAAAGUCCAAGCGUUGUACAACAAGUCGUCGGCCGAGCUGAAGCGCCUCGAGAGCAUGUCGCGGUCGCCUGUGAUCAACUUGAUCGCCGAGACCAACAACGGUUUGUCGACGAUUCGCGCGUUCGGGAUGGCCGCGACGUUUGCCGACACGAGCCGGCGCAUCCUUGAUCACAGCCAAAGCUUCUUCAUGAUCUACCGCAUCUCGUCGCGGUGGAUGCAGAUGCGCCUCGACUGGCUGUCUGCUGGCGUCAUUGCCGGCGCCGCGUUUCUCGCGGUGGCGUCGAAAGCAUCGAUUGGAAUCACGGCCGCCGGCCUCGCACUUACGUAUGCGUCCCAAAUGUCGUCUUUCCUGUCCCGUGCGACCUUUGCCGGGUCCAUGAUUGAAAACUUCAUGACGUGCGUCGAGCGGUUGGAGCACUACAAUUCGCUCGACACAGAAGGCGACUCGGUGGCCGCCGUCGGCACGGACGUGCCGCCGUCGUGGCCGGCUGAUGGCACGAUCACGUUCGAGUCGUACUCGAUGCGAUAUCGAAGUCAGUUGGACCUGGUGCUCAAAAAGGUUUCGUUUCACGUCCACGGCGGCGAAAAGGUCGGGAUUUGCGGCCGAACGGGGUCUGGCAAGAGUUCGCUCAUGGCGGCGCUGUUUCGUACGGUGGAAGCUGCCGCCGACGAUGGCGGAUGCAUCAAGAUGGAUGGAGUCGACAUUGCGUCAGUGAACCUCCAAACGCUUCGAUCGCGCCUCACCAUCAUCCCGCAAGACCCCGUCCUCUUUAGUGGGACGCUGCGGUUCAAUAUCGAUCCUGCCCACGAAUCCAGCGGCGACGACCUGUGGGCGGUGCUGAAGAAAGUCCAUCUCGCCGACCUCGUCGGGGACGACGGGCUCGAGUUCCACGUGGCCGAAAAAGGCAGCAACUUGUCCGUGGGCCAGCGCCAGUUGCUCUGCAUUGCACGCGCGCUCUUGCGCCGCAGCCGCGUCGUCGUGCUGGACGAAGCGACAGCCAACAUUGAUCUCGAAUCGGACCGCGUCAUCCAAGAAACGAUCAAGGAAUGCUUUGACGGUGUCACCAUGCUCGUGAUAGCCCACCGCCUCGACACGAUCAUCCACAGCGACCGCAUUUUGGUCUUAGACCACGGCACCGUCGUCGAGUACGACGCACCCCACGCGUUGUUGGCGAAACCAAACGGCGCGUUUGCGAACCUGGCGACCCAGGCGCGACUCGCCCCAUCGUCCGUGCUGCGGUAGAAUGCAUGCCCCGGUCCAGAUAGCGUUGCAUGGAGCAACACGUCGUUGUUUUGGUAUGCUCUUGUCCCGAUGCAUCCGACGCGCGGACUUGGUGGGAUGCAUGUGUCGUGCACCAAACUGGUUCCAACGACGUGACAUGGCGGGCGAACGCGGCGUGGACAUUGCCUCCGAACGGGCACCGGCCAGAAGAUGGACGCGGCGAAAAGAGGCGUCGAAUCGAGAGGAGAGCAGGCGACAGAAUACCCCUCGUCUGGAGCUAACCGUCCCGCGGACAAACAGUGCACGUCGACCUGUGUAGGCCCCCACUGCGGUCUGGCAUGUCCACGCAAACCCCUUUGGC